AUGGAAACCGAAAAAGAAUGGCACUUUGUCCAUAAUUUAACCAAAAAAAACCAGCGAACAAAGGUCCGUUGGUUCAUUGGCUUGGAAAGGGUUUGUAAAUCUUAUUCGUGGAGCUGGUUGAGUGAAAGCAUAGCCUGCGUCAACGAGACGUCAACUGGAACAUGGCGUUGGAAUACAGGAGAACCAAACAAUUUUAAAAAAGAAAAAUGCGGAGAGAUGAUGAAAAACGGAAAGUAUAACAACAUUCCGUGCCAAGCAGACAAGUAUGGUGAUAAUCCAGGAUAUAUAUGUGAAAAGCAUUUCAGUAAGUUCAUGAUUAUGCCGAAGCUAUGUUAUCCCAAUUAAAAAUCUCAGUAAGAAAAAAAAAAUAUGUUGUAAGCGAACUUUGAUUUUGUAGCGAGUAACUCGUGUUCAUAUUUUCUUCCUAGAUUGUUCCACCAUACCCAAUAAUUCAGAAAAAGAAGAUAUCUUCAUUGAGGGAACAACAAGACCUCGAUCAACCCCCCAACCGUUGGCGACAAAGACAACGUCCAACUCACUCAGAACUCGGUUGACGAAUACUCGCAAGAAGUUUUCAGAAGGUAAAAUUGAC